AUGACCGCCCAAAAACUCCCAAACGAAUUACUCGGACGCAUCAUCGGCCUCAUGGAGCCAGCCUCUACGGUACUCACGGCACGUUCGGGAUACAAGGCGUGGGGUGCCUUACUUGAAAAUGAGCGAAUUAAAGACGCAGUCCGCGAGAUUUUCAUCUACAGCCAUAUCACUGACGGCGAUGAAGGGUAUUGCGACGAACUCCCGGCGGGGUUUACCAUUGCCUUGCAAAAAAUUGACGAUCUCCAAUACAUGGAGAAAAUCACAGUGAAAUUCUCUCCAGUAUGCUCUGGCCCGGAAUCCAUCCAGAAUGAUAUGAUAAGCCAUGAAACGUACCAAAAACGAAUCAACGUCUUCGAGGCUGUGUUCAAUGCGAUACAGACGCGAUCGCACCAGCCUGGAAAGACGAGCAUCCGCUCAUUCGUGGUUGAAAACAUGCAAAAUGCGCCCAUCCCCACAUUCACAUCCUCAAGUCUCUUCAAGUCUGUGACUAAAGAUCUUGAGGAACUCGACCUUCAUAUCGUUCAGGAACACAACCCAUCUCGAGAAGAAUGGGAUAUCCGUGAAUCUGAGCUGGUGACUUUUGAGCCAUGGUUGCAGGACAGUUUGUUGAUGCCAAUGGCGAACUUAACAUCGCUAUCAUUAUGCAUUGAUGAAUUUUGGGGGACAGCACCAGGCACAUUCAAUGGCCGUGGUCUAGCAUUCCCUCGUCUCAAGAGCCUAAAACUCAAACACUUCAACAUUUCACACUAUAAUCAUUUUGACUGGAUUCUCAAUCAGACCACAUUAGAGAGCUUGCAACUGGAAAACUGCACCAUUGCUACAAUACUGCGGCUAAAUGAGGGACUGGAUCUUUGGAAUCUGGAAAUGCAUGAUUGGGAGCCCGUUCCAGAGAGUACAUUUGACAGAGACUGGGGAGAGAUAUUCUUCUUUCCAGGGACUUGGGAGUUCAUAUUUGAGAAAAUUCGUACCAGCCUACCCAACCUCGUCGACUUCGAAUUUUCCCCUAGGCCAAGACAUAUUAAAGAACGCAACAACGUUCGAGCCGACAUCAACCCGACGCAGCAGACCACAGUCUUGUGUGGGUCUCGAUACAGUACUUUUUGUGAAAGUUGCGGAUGGCGAGACCCGACAGAUUUUAAAGGCGUUAUGGAUUUCUGUGACUUGGAACCAAGUGAACAAGCAAUGCUUGACCGGCACAAGUCUACCGAAGAAGGGGAUCAAAUGGCCCUGGAUGAAUUGCUAGGCGCGAUCCAGAGGCGCCAAAAUCAAUGA